AGCAAGCCAAAAAUACUCCUCUGGAUAAGGAAAUUCCUGCCCAUCGCACCCGGGUGGAUAAAGGGCCGGGAGCCGGGCGCCGCGGGGCAGGGAGCGGCUGGGGGUGGUCGCGGGCAGCGUGGGGGCUCCAUUCGCCCGUGGGGAGCCGCUGCGGGGGCAGAGAUCAGCGCGGCUUUCGGGGGGCUCUGCUCUGCCCCAGCAUGGCUUUCAGCCAGCUGAAAUUCAAGGAACUGGGCGAGGAGGAGCCCACCUGGGAGGAGGAGAACCUGGAGAGCGUGAAGGCGCUGGCGGCCAAGCUGAAGCUGCAGACCCGCAGACCCUCGUACCUGGAGUGGGAAGCCCGGGUGAGGGGGCAGCGCUGGGGCACCCCCGGGGGCACCUGCGGGGCGCAGCAGAGCCCCGGGCACCCCCAGGAGCAGCAGCGCGGUGGUGUUUGUGGCUUCGCCACCGUGGAGGCGGCUCUGGAGUGGCUCAGGACGGAGCUGCGGGAGAUGCAGGCCCUGGACCAGCGGCUGGCGCAGCAGCUGAUGCGGCUGCGGGCGCGGCUGCACCGGCUCAAGGUGGAGCAGGCGUGCCACCGGCACAAGGAGAUGCUGGACGACGCCACCUUCGGCCUCGAGGGCUGCGAGGAAGACUCGGAUCUGCUGUGCACCAUCCCGCCCAAGGCCGCCUUCCUGCUCUCCACGCCGCUCAAGCACAUCGGCGUCACCCGCAUGAACAUCAACUCCCGCCGCUUCUCGCUGUGCUGAGCCCCGCGGCUGCCGGGGUCCCGAGGGACGCGGGGCAGGGCGGGCUGUCCCCAGGGCGACGCCACGCUGCGGUGGCACGGGAGUGUCACCAUCCCUGUGGGUGUCACCGUCCCCAUGGGUGUCACCGUCCCCAGGGGGCACAGGAAUGCCACCAUCUCCCCACCAUGGGCACAGGAGUGUCACCAUGCCCAUGGACACGGGAAUGUCACCAUGCCCCCGGAAGGGUCACCAUCCCCCCCGAAUGUCACCAUCCCCAUGGGCAUGGGAGUGUCACCAUCUCCAGGGCAGGGGAAUGUCACCAUCCCUGUGGGUGUCACCAUCCCCACUGGCACGGGAGUGUCACCAUCCCCAUGGGUGUCACCGUCCCCAGGGGGCACAGGAAUGUCACCAUCCCCAUGGGCAUUGGAGUGUCACCAUCCCCCCAGGAAUGUCACCAUCCCCACGGACACGGGAAUGUCACCAUCCCCGGGAAUGUCACCAUCCCCAUUUUGGGGCCCGGCCCCGAGGGUGGCGGGGUUCAGCCGGGUGGGAAAUGCGGGGUGCAGCCCUUUGAGGCGGAAUAAAAGGGCUGAGGGUGA